AUGUCUGUCGGCUCCUGGAUUUUGAUUUUGGCUCUAUUGUUUGUUCAGUGGCCGACCGUCAUAGCACAGGGAGAUGGAUCCAAUCUGGCUGAUGAUCGAAGGCCUGCGUUAUACACCGGAGACUUCGGGAACUGUAUGGAGAACUCCACCAUCACAAUAUCCCGCUUCGAUGCCGCUUACUAUGCCGAUAAUAUGACUGUUCUUUUCCACAUCGAUGGAAAGACCUCCUUGGUCAAUGAUAACCUGAUGAUUUAUCUGACCGUGGAUGCAUAUGGAGAAAGCCGAUUUAGUAUAUUAUUCAACCCGUGCAAUGCAAACCUCCCCUCACUUUGUCCGGCUAGAUCGGGUGUAAAUAUAACAGCGGCACACAUAAUCCCAGUAUCUCAAGCUGAUGUUUCUGAGAUUCCAGCCAUUGCUUUUGCCAUACCAGACUUUGAGGGACGGGCAGAUUUACGGAUAUUUUCAAAUUCCACAAACCGCCAGGUUGCAUGUGUAACUGCUAUCAUUACAAACGGAAAAACCUUCUCGCAUCCAAAGAUAAUUUCAUCCGUAUUAGGAGGUUUUGCCUUUAUCGUUUUCAUUUCGUCGUUUGUCGCAGCUUGCAGCACAUUUGUCACCGGCGAUGGAAUUAUCGGCUCACGAUCACUCUAUGCUCACUCCCUUUCUGUAUAUAUGGUAUUUUCAUGUUUCCAUUCCAUAUUCUUCACUGGAGCGUUGUCGAUCGAUUUUCCCAGUGUCCUCAUUUCCUUCUGGUCGAACUUUGCUUGGUCUGCUGGCUUGAUCAAGGCCGAGUCUAUGCAGGACUCGCUGGACCGAAUCACCAGAAAAUCUGCUCCCUCCAUAGAUGCGAUGGACCCGAGCGGGCAGGCUCUAGAUCUCGAAAGAGAACUAUAUUCGCUCUCGAAACGGCAUUUCCAGUUUGGGGUGCAUCAGAAAGAGGGACUCCCGGUUCCUGGAGGUUACUUAGGCUUUCCCGCGACUCUUGCGCAGUUAGAUAUAACCGCUACCAAUGCGUUCAUGACAGCAUUUCUCUGGUUUCUAGUCCUCCUUGUGAGUCUGGUUGUCGUCGUCGUCGGUUUGAAAUUGAUACUGGGCGCAUGUACUGCCGCUGGGUUGGGGAAAGAUCGAGUAAAAGUAUUUCGAGACAACUGGUUAGCUUUUCUCAAAUCAAUUUUGUGUAGAACGGUGCUCAUUGCUUUCUUCCCCAUGAUGCUGCUUGCAACUUUUCAGUUUACAUUGAAGGUGCCUGGGCCCCAAGCGAUUGCCGCAAUUGUAUUCAUGACCAUACUCAUUGGGGUAUCUGCGGGUAUAGCGCAUGCAUAUGUUAACAUCUUGCGUGGGGGAAGACUCAAAAGCGAAAGGGAAAGUCGAGUGAUAUCUCUUGAACGUAAGUUUGGCUUCGUGCCGUGGUGUAAGAUCUCGCGCCAAGGCAGUAACGCCGCUGAUCAAAAGCCAUCCCCGACCCUCAUACCUUGGUGGAAGCUGUCAAUUGAAAAAAACCAAGAACGUGAUAUCCAUGACGAGGAAACGCUCGUUCAUCAGUUCGGGUGGCUAUCUGCCCGGUUCCGAAGGCGCAGAUGGUGGUUCUUCGGACCGUGGUUCCUUUACGAGUUCAUCAGAGCAUUGUUCUAUGGCGGGGGUCAAAGCAAUCCACGGGCACAGAUUCUCGGGCUACUGGCCCUAGAGAUCAUUGCCCUCGGUGUUUCAGCUUCUGCGAGCCCCUUCCAGAGUGUGAGAUUAAACGCAUUAAUAUAUGUUUUCGGUAUCAUGAAGAUUUCAACCUUAGCAAUAAUCGCCGCCUUGAUGCUUAAUACCGGUACAAAUAGGAUCGUCGUAACGGUACUUGGGAUUGUCAUCAUUGUGUUCCAAGGGGUCACAGUGUUGGCGGUGAUCAUCUUUGGCGCAGUCAAUGUUUACACUACGUAUUUUGUGCUUGCCCCUCUAGAAUCCAGGAUCAAACCCGAAUCUUGCAUACCGGUCAGGGAAAAGUACCUCAAACACAUCCAAACAAGAUCUGUCGACAUCGAUCCACCGCCUAAGGUCGAGACUGAGCCUGUUGUGCCCUCAUUUUCCGUCACAGAUGUGCGAAGAUAUCCCAAAAUUGACGAUGAAUAUGAUGACCAAAGAGGACCCCUGUUUUCAGGAUCUUCGCAAAGAGCCACUAUGUCUGACGAUCCAACGGCUCCGAGGGCAAACGCCCCUUCAGGAGUAAGAUUGCCUCGCCGAACCUGGUCACCGAGUCAAAGCUGGACCAAUGAAGGCAUGUCCUCAAUUCCCCAUCUGGCCAGUUCACGAACCGAUUGGCCUAUCCUCAAUCCACCACCAGCCUCUAUAAAUAAUAGUUUUCGUAAAGAGACCCCACUCGGACAAGCACAAAACUUGCAGUCGUUAGAAACCGAUGUACAUACCUUCCCACAAAAAUUCUAG